GGACCUGCAUUGUGUUGCAGUAUCCCUUUUUCUUUUUUCAAACAAACCAGAAUUUAUUUAUUCUGCUUCCUCAUGCAUGUGGUUGUUUGAGCUGGUCAUCACAAGCAAGCAACUGCCGAGUUGUGGUUUUGACUUUGUUUUGUAGAAAGAAAGAAAAAAGAUACAGCAAAAUGAGGGGCUCUCGUGCCAACGAGCUGCCGGAAGACUUCUGGAUACCCAUCCCGCUGGACACCAACAACAUCACAAUGCUAAGUCCAUUCCUGGUUCCUCAGGACCAUCUGGGGAAUACAGCCACCUUCUACGGCAUGGCUGGAUUCAUGUUCUUUGUGUUUACGGUCGGCACCGCCAUCAAUACUCUAACCAUCGCUUGCACCAUACAAUACAAGAAACUCCGGUCCCACCUGAACUACAUCCUGGUGAACCUGGCGGUGGCGAACCUUCUUGUGUCUUGUGUGGGCUCUUUCACUGCUUGCUGCUCUUUUGCGUCGAGAUAUUUCAUCUUCGGACCGCUGGCGUGCAAGAUUGAAGGUUUCAUGGCAACACUUGGCGGUAUGGUAAGCCUGUGGUCUCUUGCUGUGAUUGCCUUUGAACGAUGGCUGGUCAUCUGCAAGCCACUCGGAAACUUUGUUUUCAAGCCGGACCAUGCUAUGGCAUGCUGUGUUUUCACUUGGAUCUUCGCACUUAUUGCCUCAGUUCCUCCACUUUUCGGUUGGAGCCGAUACAUUCCCGAAGGCCUGCAGUGCUCCUGUGGUCCGGACUGGUAUACCACCAACAAUAAAUACAACAACGAGUCCUAUGUGAUGUUCCUCUUCGGCUUUUGCUUCGCCGUUCCCUUUGCCACCAUCGUCUUCUGUUAUGGUCAGCUGCUCAUUACAAUGAAAAUGGCGGCAAAAGCCCAGGCAGAUUCAGCCUCUACCCAGAAAGCAGAGAAGGAGGUGACCAGGAUGGUGGUCCUCAUGGUGCUGGGAUUUCUGGUGUGUUGGUUGCCCUAUACCACCUUUUCUCUUUGGGUGGUCUUUAACCGUGGGCAAACCUUUGACCUGCGAAUGGCCACCAUACCUGCUUGCUUUUCAAAAUCCUCAGCAGUCUACAACCCGAUCAUCUACGUCCUAUUCAACAAACAGUUCCGUUCAUGCAUGAUGACUAUGAUUGGAAUGAGUAGCGGCGAAGAAGAGUCAUCAACAACAUCAUCAGUGACUGAAGUCUCCAAAGUUGGGCCUGCUUAGACCUUGGACUUGUCGAUUUGUACGCUUCUAAUGAGUUGCAUGAGUCAGUUGUAAAUACCUAUAAAUGUAUGUUUUCGCAUAUUCAAAAAAAAUAAAAAAAAUAAUGCUCAUAAUAAAAACUACCGCUGUCAAAUGAUUACAUUUUCUAAUCAGAUUAAUCACAGUUGGAUUAACCAUGAUUAAUCACAGAUUAUUAGUCGCUCGCAUAGUUGAAAUUAAAUUUAAAAAAUGACCCCAAUCUACACAAAUGCAGUUUUGUCAGAAGGUCAUCCAGGAACAUUUAAAAAGAAUGUUUUACUUGAAUGUGCAUCAUUUAUUUUGCUCAAACCUACGCAUUGACCUGAUAAUUGAUGCCGAUUAAUCACAUGAGUUAAAUCAUUAUUUUUGACAUCUUUAAUAAAUCAAUCAAUCAAGCUUUAUUGCAGACUCCAAUGUCCAAGUAGACAUACAAUCACAUACAGUAUAUAAAACAAACAAAAUACAGUAUAAAAGGUAAAAUCACAUACUAUUAAAAACAGUGCUUGUGCAUAUUCAGUAAAAGGCAUCUAAUAAAUAAAUAAAAGCAGCAAUAAAAAAAUAAAACAUUUAAAAAAUAUAUAUAUACUGUAUAUACUUAAAAAAAAUGUGUCUACACAUUCUAUAAAAGGCACAGAUACCAGUGUUUCCAUACAUACGAUUGGUACCUAACAGAACUACACCUAGGAUUGGUUAUCUGUAUAAUAAGAUCAUUCUCGGACCCCUGCAGUCUACAUAUAAAUUUAAACAUCAGUUUUCUCAGGGUGUCGUAGAAGGUGUUUAUCCUUAAAUCACAAAAAAGCUUGCUGGCACUAUUACCCCUUCUGAGCAGGAUUCUGAGACUGUCAUUAUAUGCAACCUGGAGUUUGUGCAAGCUCUCUUUUUUUUAACCUCACCCAGAGGGGUGCUGUAUACAUAGGGGUGCAGUAAGCUCUAAACAAGUACACCAUGGCUUCAUCAGAAGAGUAGUGAAAUGUUCUUACCAGCAUAUCGGCUUGGACAUACAGCAUUCUUCUCUGUCCAAGCAUGUCAGCAUCAUCUUCCAUCUUGUCAAUGAUGAUGUGGCCUAAAUAUUUGACAUUGUUGCACACAGACAGGGAUUUGACCAAACAAUAAAUAAUAAAAACAGA